UGUACGCAUGCUACGGCGCGCUGCAGCAGCUCGGAUUUGGAUUUCUGCACCCGCUCGCACCGCUCGUCCCGUCCGUGUUGCGCAAUGCAAGCGCGAUCGCCGGGUUUAAGCAGUCCGAGAGUCCCGCCUGGCCGGUGCGCGGAUUCCACGUCCACUCAAUGCACCCGCUCGAGCUGACCGACCUGCUCAAUGGACUCGACAUCACGGCUGCUGGAAACGGAUCGACCUACAGCGAGACGUGGGACUCCAUGUUCCCGCAGUGGGAGCUCUACGUUGAAUGGGCGGUCGCCAACCGCCUCAGCCGCGUCGAGUGGGUGCUGUUGUGGGGCGAGGACUGGAUUGACUUUGUCUACAGCACAGAGCGCCAGCAGCGCCUUGCCAAGCUCAUCGCGGCGUGCAAGUCGUUUGGUCUUGUGCCGGGCGCCGACGUCCCGAUUGCCCUGCGUCAGCAGCAUGCCUGGGUGCUCGUGAACGACACUUCGUCGGAUGCUGCCGCGGUCGCAUCCAUCCAGUACCACCUCAGGUGGCUGUCGGCCGCCGGAUUCUCCUUCAUUAGCACCGAAAGCGGCUUUAGCGAGUUUACGCACGGCAACGACACGAGCAUGCUGGCGUGGAUGAACGAAACGGCGCGCUUCGCCGAUGAGGAGCUGAAUGGCAUGCGUGUGCUCAUCAAGUGCCACUGCUCGACCGGCCAGAUCUGCAAGGACUAUGUCGAUCCCGACACUGGGCUGCCGCUCAACUUUAACUUUUUGCCAAUCUACGCCGACUCGCGCAUGGGCAUCAUGCCGCACACGGUGCAAAUGUACGCGUUUGACGACCCAGCCCCGACGUACGGCAACCAGAACUUUACCUACAUGUUUGACUUUAUGUUCAAGAACGCCCAAAAGAACGUGCGCGAGGUCGUCUACCACCCAGAGACGGCGUACUGGGUCAACUAUGACAUUGACGUCCCGCUGUUUCUGCCGUACUAUGCCCUCGCGCGUCUGCGCGACCUGCGCCACAUUGCAGGCUGGCAGCAGGCAACCGGCAGCUCCAUUGACGGCCAGAUGGUGUUUGACAGCGGCUGGGAGUAUGCGUACUGGAUGCAGGACGUCCUGACUGCGCGCGCAACGUGGAAUCCGCGCACGGACAUUGCCAAUGAUACCGAGGCCAUGCGUGUGCUGAUUCAGGAUUACGUUGGCGCGUUCUUGGGCGAUGCUACCUUUUCCUCUGCCUUUGCCGAUGCCGUGCUGGAUCUGAUGAAUGCCCAGCGCGAUUUGCUCGUGCUUGGCAAGGUGCCGGGCCAGGCCACACCCGCUGACGUGACCAAGCUCAACGGUAUCGGCUAUUUGGAGGGGUGGGAUACGUGGGCCGAUCUCGGCUCGCUGUCGCCGCACGCGCUGACGACCCAGCCACUGCGGCUCUUGCUGAAGGAGAUGAUGCUGCCCGAGCACUCGCCAAAGUACUCUGAGGUGCGCCCUUUGCUCGCUGCGAUGAAUCAGAGCUUUAGCGUGCUCGCGACGCGCUUCCAGGCGCUCGUGCCAAUGGCAUCCGCCGAUGGUGCGGCGCUGGUGCGUGAAAUUGCCGAUGUUGCGCAAAUUCUCGCCAACCGUGCCCAGCAGAUCUAUGCGCUGUACGAAGGGGCGGACCUGUUUGGCAGCACGCCCGAGCACCGCAAGGCGAUGCUUGCCGUUGGCCGCGACCUCAUCACCCAAACCGCACCAAUCAUUGAGCGUCGCGAGGCCGCCUUCCGCGCCCCCGUGCCCCGUAUCGCCGGCUGGCGUCAAGGGCCGACCGUGUACCACUACGGCUACCUCUGGACUGCACACAGCCUGAUGUACUGGUGGCGCGAUUGGGCGAUUGCAUCCUUGUACACGAUUGACGCGCUCAAUCCGUGCUACCUCAACAUGAUUGCGCCCGCAGACGUGGCUCUCGGUGAAGGUCUGGCGUUGAACGCCACGCUUCUUGCAGAGCAAGUGCUCGACAAGCUUGGUUACAAGGAUUUGGGCGAUUGUCUGGGCUAUCCCACGGCCGAGCCCGUGUAUCCCGCUGAUUUGUGAACAGUCGUGCGUGUUGUUGCUAGAUUUGUUGAUGUUGCGUGUGUGUGUGUGUGUGUGUGUGUGUGUGUGUGUGUGUGUGUGUGUGUGUGUGUGUGUGGUUGGUGUGUGGUGGAAGGGUCGGCUGUUCCUGUCGUUUUGGCAUAAACACGUCUGAAAACCAACAACAACAGCAAGGAUCGAGUUCUCAAAGCACGUGCGAGUUAUUGAGUUGGAG